AGCACAUGUCGCUGCCAAUCGAUCAAUUGUUGAACGUCAUGGAAGACACUUUCCAUCCCAAGGAAAGUCCCGUUCAUGGGCACGUGGCGAGGAGUUCUCGAUGUACUUCAACGCCAAAGUGUCGCUGGCAUCCCGCAUAGUCAUUGACGACGAGGAGUUUAUUGACGGAGUCAUCGAAGGUAUCCCAGAUGUAGGCCUGCGUAGGCAAGCCCACAUGCAGUGCUUUGGCGCUCCAUAUCAACUACUCAAGGCGUUCGAGAAGAUCAUGCUGCCAAAGAAGUACGGUUCAACUGAAGGGGCAAACACUGGAGCCUCGCCAACACCCAUUCGCUGCUACAACUGCAACUCUUUGGGCCACGUGGCAGGGGAGUGCCGCAAGCCCAAGCGCGAAAGAGGAGCGUGCUACGGAUGCGGCAGCAUGAGUCACCAGGUGUCACACUGUGACGAAAAGAAGUACAAGAUUGCCUCAUCGACUCAGGGAGCCCAAUAAGUUUUAUGAAGUUAUCGUGUCUAGAGCACCAGUCGGAAAAUAACCUAAAUAAAGUGGAAGAGCGCUCACGAUUAAGUUCGAACGAAAUCAAAGAAGAUGAUUUAAGUUUAUAUAAGUUUAACAAAGACAAGAAAAACAGAGAAAUUGAAUUUAUUUUGAAUAAAUAUGCGGAUUACGCUUAUGUUGGACUAAAUAAUAGCAAACUUAACAUCUUUGGUAAAAUACCCAGUUUUGUAAUUAUUAACAAAAAUCGAAUCAACUUUGAAUUACUAGUAGUGGCAGACGAGUCGAUGGGCUAUGAGGCUGUGUUAGGUAGGGAUUUUAUGAAUUUAUGCAAAUUUAAAAUUGUAAGUGACAUUUGCAAGGAGAAGUAGAGUGAGACAAAAAACGAGUGUGAAAUAAAAAAUGAGUGUUUAGGAGAAAAUGAGCGUUUAGAAGAAAAUGAGUGUUUAGGAGAAAAUGAGUGUUUAGAAAAAAAUGAGUGGAAAAUAGAGAAUGAGUGUUUAGGAGAAUAUGAAUGUGAAGUAAAAGAUGAGGGUGAUAAAGAGAAUAAGCAUGAAGUAGAAAGUGGAGGCAAGGUAGAAAAUGAGUGUUCUGCAAUGGUUGAGUGUCUGGAAGACAGCGAUACCUGCGAGAGCGUAAAAACCAAUUUCAACGAACUACCAAGCCAGUAUCCAGACAAAGAAAACGACUGGGAGUUGAAAGUAGGGACAGAUUGUAGCCAAGAACUCGCAGGACGACUUAAAUACAUGUUUAGGACAGCGUAUGUAAACGCAGAAAGACCAAACUUACCACAAACCAAGUGGGAAAUGAAGUUGAAUUUCGAACACGAAAAACCGUUUCAUUGCCCCCCUAGAAGACUGUCGUAUAGCGAAAAAGCCCAAGUACAGAAAAUGAUAGACGAUUACACA